AUGGACGCGCUGCCGUUCGGCCCCGACGCCGUGCUGGGCUUCCUGGCAGAGCGCGGGGGCCGGGCGCCGCACGCCGAGCUGGUGCGGCACUUCAGGGCCGCCCUGGGCGGGGAGGCGGAGCAGCGCGCCCGCGCCCGCGCGCGCUUCAAGGACCUGGUCAAUGCGGUGGCCACGGUGCGCACCGACCCCGCGGACGGCACCAAGUACGUGCACCUCAAGAGGCAGUUCCGCGAGGGCUCUCCGCCGGCCGGGGCGGGGCACGGGGGCCCCGGGGCGCCCCCGGGAGCGGGCGACGGCCGCGCCCGGAGCCCCGACGCCGCGCCCGCCGCGCCCGCCCCGCCGGACCCGCGCCGGGAGCCCGCGCCGGGCGGCCGAUCCCCGCAGCCCCGGCGGGGCCCCGCGCCGGGCGGCGCGCGAGGACGGGCCGGCGGUGAGCCGGACGCGGCGUCGGCGGGUUCUGCGGCGGAGCUCGAGGGCGGCGGCGCGGUGACGCUGGACCCGCUGGAGCACGCCUGGAUGCUGUCGGCCGCCGACGGCCGCUGGGACGGCCUGGAGGGGCUGCUGAGCUGCGAGCCCGCGCUGCUGACCAAGCGCGACUUCAUCACCGGCUACAGCUGCCUGCACUGGGCCGCCAAGCACGGCCGGCACGAGCUCCUGGCCAUGCUGGUCAGCUUCGCCGGCCAGCACCGGCUGCCCGUGGACAUCAACGCCCGGACGAGCGGGGGUUAUACCGCCCUGCACCUGGCGGCUAUGCACGGCCACGUGGAAGUGGUCAAGCUGUUGGUGGGCGCCUACGACGCCGACGUGGAUGCCAGGGAUUACAGCGGUAGGAAGGCCUCGCAGUACCUGAGCCGCGGCACCGCCGAGGAGAUCCGGAGCCUGGUGGGCGCCCUGGAGGAGGAGGCGCCGGAGGGCGGCGCGGCCGGCGGCGGGAGCGGGCGCUGGAGGCUCUCCCGGGUCCUGCCCGCGCACCUGCUCGCCCACCGGCCGGCGCACGCGGCCGAGGACGCCGGGGACCCCCCGCACCCCGGGACCGAGGGCGGCGCGGCGCGCAGGGGUCCCCACGCCGCGCGCGCCCGGCCCCGGCUCGGCCGGCUCCGCUUCCGCACGCAGGGGGUCCCGGGCGCGGCCCCCUGCAGACCGCCCGAGCCGCCCCUCGAGGAGGAGGACGAGGAGGACGAGGAGGGGGAGCGGGCGCCCAAGGCACACCCGGCCGCGCCCAGACUCAGGCCCAAGUCCAGUGUGUUCGGGUAGGCGCUGUUCCGUCCAGGAGACCCAGGACUCGCCUUUGCCUUGGAGUGCACAGCCAGGCGGAGGGAAGGACCGGAGAGACAGACCCACUCCUCUCUUUCCGUGCUGGGUUGCGGUGGGCACAUGUGACUUCGCCUGAGUUCGAUCUCGACUUCUUCCCCACGCCCUGAUUCCGUUUCUAGAUGUAAACUGGAAGUGCGGAAUUGACGAAGGAAGAUGCUGAUGCUGCCAAGCAGGGCUGCAUGCCUGCUAGGAAGGGUGUGAGAUUCUUUCGCGUUCUGUUUUUAAAAGUGAUUACACUUCGAAGAACAAAAAGAACCUCAAAUUGUAUUGAAACCGAUAGUGUGAAACAAAGCUACGUGCUGUUCUAGAUUUUUUUGAUUUUGUACUACUGAAGGUCAAGUUAGUUGAAACUAAGAAAUGCUAAGAGAAUAUAAUAUUGAGGGGUUGGGAAAAUCUUGUUAGUGUCCUACAUGGGUUCAAUUUUUUUUUCAAUUUCGCUUUAGUCAUUGAAGAAGGCAAUGUUCACUUAAAUUAAUCCGUAGUUUGGUUUUCUCAACUAUCUUUAACACCUUGUCCUCGGUAUUGAGGUACAUAAUUAAUAACAAACCUGUAUCUAAAGAAAAUUCUUUCCAAGAACCCAUGAUACUCUAAAAGUACUUCCUCUUCUUCUGAUUAUAACUUGUUUUCUCUUCUGAAAGUCUAAAUGUGCUGAGCUUUUAAUCCAGGGGAAUCGUGUAGCCAUUGUUCACUUUUUUCAUGACCCUAUUUGAUGACCCAGAGUUGAAUUGCUUAGAGAAACCAUUUCUAGUUUAAUUACUAAGGACAGGAAUGAAUACUGUUGAACCUAUGCUUCUGUGAAGUAAUUCAGCAGAGUGAUUUUUAUGUAAGGUACAGUAUUUAUUUCACUAACAAAGUACACUCACGUAUGCUCUGUGGCAGUGCUUGAAAUACUAAAUCCUUUCAAUUUUUCGUAUUUCCUAGAAUAUAUUAUAAACUUACAGAAAAGUUACUGAAAAGCUGAGUAGUAAAUCUGCUCAGUUAAAAAUAGCACUUUAGAAAAGAGAACAGAUGGCUCUAUUUCUAUCCUUAAGUGCUGCUGGCUAUUGAAUCCCUCUGCAUAUAUGUGGAAAAUAGCAUUCAUUAAAUACUUAAAUGCAGUUCUUAAUUACAUUUCACGAAAAUAUAUUAGGAUAAUGUAUUUAUAGUUAUUUAAAAGCUUAACAACUCCUAACAUGAUUCAAAACAACUUUUGUGGGAAGCUAAUUACAAGGCUUUCUCCCUUGGUCUUUUUGGUCUCUUAAUUGUUGAAACCUAAGUACCUUUUCACCUAUAGAGGUUACAAAGUGAGUUUAUAGCUUGCAGCUUCACAAAUCAAUAUGAAUUGCACAGAGCUACAAUGUUUAACGGUUACGAACUAUCAAUUUCCAAAUAGCAGAAAUAUGUUACAAGUUUAUCACAUCUCUAGAGGGCAAUUAUGUUUAAAAGCUAAUGAAAAAUAUUCACGGAGCAUAUAUAAACUAGCCUUUUGUGUGCCUUUGUUUUAGGAUUAUUAAAAUGGACCAUGUUCAUAUGAUAAGCACUUUUAUCCAUACAUGUAGAAUACACUCUGCAUUUGUGUACAGGCUACUUUUGUAUACAUUACAGAUAGUUUCUUGGGCCAAAGAGAUUAGCUCAAAACGCUCAGUACAGGUUUGCCCGCAGGCUUUGUCCCCAGCACCCCUUGGUCCUCCAUUAGGAGUAACUUCUGGAGUAGCUUAGGAGCACUGUCAGGGCAGAAAACAAAGUGAAAAAAAAAUUAUUAUUUGAAGGUGAACACAUUUAUUCUAUAUAUACACUUGUAUAUGCUUACCUGUAUCUGUGCAGAAUAAGCUAUAAUUUCCCACUGAACAAUACUACAUGUCUUUGACGUGAAAAACUAAAGUGAAAUUUAAAGAAUAGACACUUCAGAACAGUAUAAAUGCCCUGUUAAAUGGUCAGUAUUAAACUUCUGUAUAUUAGUAGCUAGCACAAACAUCUAUAAUUUGCUACAUCUUUAGGUAUUGAGUCAAUCUUUAAAUUGCUUUCCUCCUCUAGAAUUUUUACUUUCUCGGUAGAAUAUACUUUAAAUUAAAAAGAAAUCGUUCCUGGGAGAAACUACUUAUAGCAUUCUUUGUAAUGAUGUGCUGAUUUUCAGGAAUUUGACCUUUUUUAAAGCUACUUAACAUUCCUCCUGUUUUUUAAUUUUCAAAUCAAUAGUAUUAAAAAGCAAAUUUCUUGUGAGUUUUGGUGUUUGUGGAGUAGUGCCUGCUGUUCACAGAAAUAUGGGCAUAAGUUAUUCGAUGUUUGUUAAUGUGAAACUGGCAAAGCCUAUGUAUGUCAUAUAUUUCUUAGAGGUACAUUGAGAUUAAUGAAUGUCACAGUUCUCUUCCUUUUAUGUUACAUAUUAUGUUAGCUAAUUUGAAAUCCUGGUACUAUUUUGUUCAUGCCUGAAAUCUGAAAUCUUGCGGUCCAGGGUGCCUUGUGUCUUACUUAUAUUUUAAAUAAAUGACUCUAGGAUUUUAGAA